UGCCAUUGGUCCCAUUCGGAAAGAAGCCGCGGCCGGACGCGGCCGGGCGGACGAUACGAGUUUUGCAGUGUGGCUUUGUGCAGCUGAUGAAUAAGGCUUCCAGAUCGGGACUACACACGCAUAUUUCUUUCCAGCCUCAGCUAAUGAACAGAAUGGAAUCCGCUUUGGUUCCUGAGCAGUUUUAUGGAUCAUCCUAUAUUGCUAGCGUUGAACCACCUCCAGAAGGACAAAGGAGCAGAUUGGAGUCUAAGGGAUGCAUAGAAGUUUUCCUCCGCGUCAGGCCAUUUACAUCAUUGGAAAGAGAAAACGGAUCAAAGGACUGUGUUUCACUUGAAGACUCGACAAAUAUUAUACUUAAGACCCCCCAACACUUUUUGAAUCGCCCAAGUGAGAAAACUGCAGGACCGAUGUUACAGAGAUUCACAUUUUCGCAAGUGUUUGGCCCUGAAACAACUCAAGCAGAAUUCUUUGAAGGUACCAUGAACCAACAAGUACAAGAUUUCCUAGAUGGAUAUAAUCGUGUUGUUUUUACAUAUGGUGUUACGAAUUCUGGAAAAACUUACACUUUUCAAGGAACAGAAGGUAAUGUUGGAAUUCUGCCAAGGACUCUGGCUAUGUUGUUUAAAAGUUUUGAAGGAAGGCUGUACACAGAAAUGAAUCUCAAACCCCAUCGGUGUAGAGAUUAUAUAAAGCUCACUGAAAAACAAGCGAGAGAAGAAACUGCUAUUAAAACUUCAUUACUUCGUCUCAUAAAAGAGGUAGACCACCAGAUUAACACUAGCAACAAAGCACCUAUAGAUUCUCAGGAUUUGGAAGAUAUCUCAAAACACUCAGAGCAAUCUAUCACAGCUGCAACAAAUUACAUCAAGUUUUCUGUUUGGAUUUCAUUUUUUGAGAUUUACAAUGAACGCUUUUAUGAUCUCUUAAUUCCUACAUCAAAUGAGAAGAAAAGAAAAACACUGCGCCUCGCUCAAGACAUCAAGGGAUGUCCUUUUGUAAAAGAUCUGCGGUGGGUUCAGAUUUCAGACUCUAAAGAAGCUUUUCGACUUCUAAAACUGGGGUUGAAACACCAGAGUAUUGCAAGCACGAAAUUAAAUAAUUGCUCCAGCAGAAGUCACAGAAUAUUCACAAUUAAAGUACUAAAAAUUGAAGAUUCAGGAGGAACACCAAGGGUGACCCGAGUCAAUGAAUUGUCGUUGUGUGAUCUUGCUGGUUCUGAAAGAUAUACCAAGACCUGCAAUGAGGGUGACAGAUUGAAAGAGAGUGGAAAUAUAAAUACCUCUCUCCUGACUCUAGGCAAGUGUCUUAAUGCACUCAAGAACAGGCAGCAGUCAAAGUUGCAGCGGCAAAUACCCUUUCGGGAAAGCAAGCUAACGCAUUUCCUUCAAGGCUUUUUCAGUGGAAAAGGGAAGGUCUAUAUGAUAGUGAACAUCAGCAAAUGUUCAUCAUCAUAUGAGGAAACACUCAAUGUGCUAAAGUUCUCGGCCAUGGCACAAAAAGUUUUAGUUAUGGAAACACCUGUUCUUCCUCAAGAUCUGUCAUUUUGCCAGAAAUCAGCAGGAGACUCAUCACUGCUUAAUGUCCGUAGAAUGCAAAUCCCAAGGAAAAGAGAUACUAUCUUGGAAGAUGUGUAUGAAUGUGAUGAAGAGAUGGAGGAACAGUGCAAUAUGUCAAAAGAAGAAGCAGUGCAAGAACAUAACGUUGUUAUGUCAAAAGAAAAAUACAUGGUAUGUGCCAGGGCUGCUACUUUACGAAUUAGUAUAGCAUGGGGCCUUGAAACAAUGUAUUCUUCUGAGAGUGCCUUGCUCAAGAACGAGCACAUCUUGAAGAAAAUUCUGAAGAACAUCUGGAAAUCUUCAAGAAGCAUGCAAGUAGUUCCACUGAAAAUGCAGAUGAAAGAAGUGAAUCACAAGAUGGGCCUUGCAGUGAUCAAGCUGCAUCUCUGGGAGCAGAGCCCUCUGCAGCCCGGGCAGCGAUUGCAGCUCCGUGCCCGGCACCUGCAGCUGCCCCUGGCGGCCCCCGCUGCCCCGAGGGCGGCUGCUCUCACUCACUCUCACUGA